GCUGUGUGACGUAAGACGCGCAGCCCUCGCGCUCGGCUCAGAUCGGCGCAGCUCUGAACUGUCCGGAUCAACAUGCAGGAUGGCGAGUGUGGAGAUAGCCGCCGAACACGAACGGAUUCUGCGGGAAAUUGAGAGCACAGACACGAACUGCAUCGGACCGACCCUCCGGUCGGUGUACGACGGUCAGGAACAUGGGCUCUUCAUGGAGAAGCUGGACGCUCGGAUCAGGAACCACGACAGAGACAUCGAGAGGAUGUGCAACCACCACUUCCAGGGCUUCGUGGACUCCAUCACGGAGCUGCUCAAAGUGCGAGGAGAGGCGCAGAAGCUGAAGAGUCAGGUGACCGAAACCAACCAGCGUCUGCAGAAUGACGGCAAAGAGCUCAUCACCUCCAUGGAGGAGCUGAAGCAGUGCCGCGUGCAGCAGAGGAACAUCGCCAACACCAUAGACAAGCUGACCCACUGCCUGCCCGUUCUGGAGAUGUACAGCCGCCUCCAGGAGCAGAUGUCGGCCAAAAGGUACUACCCCGCCCUAUGCACGCUGGAGCAGCUGGAGCAGACCUGUCUCCCUAGGGCGGGCCAGUACCGGUUCUGCUCCAUCAUGGCUGAGAACAUCCCCAAACUGAGGACCCACAUUCGGGACACAGCCAUGAGCCAGCUGAGAGACUUCCUGGAGAGCAUCCGGAAACACUCGGACAAGAUCGGACAGACCGCCGUCAAGCAGGCCCAGCUCCAGCGCUCUUUGGACGGUUCCCUGUCCAUGCAGCCCCGCACCCUGAUUGGCCGACGCGGCAGGAAGGAGGCGAUGGCCGCGGCAACCGAGAGCGACGGCAGCCCGUUGUCGGAACAAGACUCUGGCAUUCUGGAUGUGGAGGAUGAAGAUGAUGAUGAUGACGUCUCCGGAGCUCAGGAGUUGGUGGACUUCUCUCCGGUUUACCGCUGUCUGCACAUCUACACUGUUCUGGGUUUGCGUGAUGUGUUUGAGAACUACUACAGAAAGCAGAGGAGGAAACAGGCUCGCCUGGUGCUGCAGCCCCACUCUAACAUGCACGAGACCUUGGAGGGAUACCGGCGGUACUUCAAUCAGAUUGUUGGCUUCUUCGUUGUGGAGGAUCACGUCCUUCACACCACCCGGGGUUUGGUCAACAGAGCCUAUGUGGAGGAGCUUUGGGAGCUGGCACUCUCCAAGAUUGUUGCUGCCCUGAGGACGCACUCUUCGUACUGUGAUGACCCUAACCUGGUGCUGGAUCUGAAGAACCUCAUGGUGCUGUUUGCCGAUACGCUGCAGGGUUACGGAUUCCCGGUGUCCCAGCUGUUUGACAUGCUGCUGGAGAUGAGGGAGCAGUAUGGAGAGAUCCUGCUCAAGAGGUGGAACAUCACCUUCAGGCAGGUGUUGGAUCAGGACAACUACAGUCCAAUUCCAGUCUCUACAGAGGAGGAGUACCGCCACUACACUUCCCUGUUUCCCAUGCAAGAUCCUGAACUGGAAAAGCUUCCCUUCCCUAAAAAGCUUCCCUUCUCCGAGUUUGUGCCAAAAGUCUACUCUCAGCUGAAGGAGUUCAUCUAUGCCUGCCUGAAGUACUCUGAGGAUCUGCAUCUCAGCUCCACGGAGGUGGACGAUAUGAUCCGCAAGUCCACAAAUCUGCUGUUGACCCGAACCCUCAGCAACUGCCUGCAGUACGCCAUAAAGAAGAAGAAUGUCGGGCUGGCAGAGUUGGUGCAGGUGAUCAUCAACACCACCCACCUGGAGCAGAGCUGCCACUUUCUGGAGGAGUUUAUAUCAAACAUCACCAACGUUCCUCCGGACACGGUCAACGCAACCAAGCUGUACGGCACCUCAACCUUUAAGGACGCUCGCCAUGCAGCAGAGGCGGAGAUCUAUACCAACCUCAACACCAAGAUCGACCAGUUCCUGCAGCUGGCCGACUACGACUGGAUGGCCUCGCCCCCUGCGGGCGGGAGUCUGAGCGCCAGCGACUACCUGAUCGACCUGAUUGCUUUUCUGAACAGCACCUUCAGUGUCUUCACCAACUUGCCUGGAACAGCAAUAGAUCAUGCUACGCUACCGGGGAAAGUUGCACAGACGGCCUGUAUGUCAGCCUGUAAGCACAUCUCCACUUCACUGAUGGAACUCCUGCUCAACCCGGAGGUGCGGCAGAUCUCCAUCGGAGCUCUGCAUCAACUCAAUGCAGACGUGAAGGAGUGUGAGAGUUUUGCCAGAGCCGGCCCGGUCGCAGGCUUCCAGGGUGACACGUUGCUUCUGGCCUUCAGUGACUUGAGACAAUUACUGGACCUGUUCACGCAGUGGGAUUGGUCAACAUAUCUAGUGGACUAUGGGAAACCCACUUGCAAAUACCUGAGAGUCAACCCACACAUCUCACUGGCUCUCCUGGAGAAGUUGCAGAAACCGAUGAAGGAGACGAGCAGGAAGAACAACGUCUUUGCCCAGUUCAGGAAGACGGACCGAGACAGACAGAAACUCAUCGACACCAUCAUCAAACAGCUACGCAACCUCAUCACACAACAGCAGGCCUGAAGCCAGCCUCAUCACCAGACUGCCAAAACUGGUCCUUGAAAUCUACAACCCUGCUGGUUUUCCCGGCUGUCCAGGCUUUAACUCGUGGAUGUAAAUGACUGAACUCACCAGAUGCAGAUUAAAAGCAGACCCGGGAUUUCUGGUAGAUGAGAGCGGUGGUAAAUGUCAGCGACCAGGAUUGGGCAGCCCUGCGUCCAACCCGAUCAACAGAAGACAACACAUGCACCUUAACUUCAGAGGAACUCCAACCAGAUCUUCUGGAAAUAUCCCUAAAAGACUUUUACCUAUGAACUGCUAUUCAUAUCUGGUCUAAAUAGUUUAGUUCAGAGUAUGAUCUUCUAGUGUCCCCCAUGUUGGUCUGGACUUGGCUAGAGGCUUUCUCUAAACCCAUUAAUCAAAUAAGAAAAUUUAAAAAACAAGCAGAAAAAAAGCUAAAAAAGCUAUCUUUAAAUACUCUCGGUUCUUCUACAAAAGCUUUUAGGGAUCUAUAAGGAUCCAUCCAACAAAUCUUCCAAGGUUCUCCCAGUGGUGGAACUAGUCCUUGCCUCUGUUGUUACUUGUCUCUGGACCCGUGCUCGAUAGGACUUUGAGAGCCACUCAUAGCCUGGGCUUCUAGUCUCGAAAUGUAGAGGUUGUUGAGUUCCUUCCGACGCGAUCCAGUUCAGGUCAACGUCGCCCAUGAAAACUCUAUCACAUUGUCCGUUAACACUCAUGACUAUCCUUGGAUGCCAUUGGGUUUUGGGUAUUCGUUGGUCAUCUUGGAGGCAAACUAACAAACCUUUAAGUUCUUUUGACUGAACCGGCUGCUUUUGUUCUGUUGCAUCAAAUCGAUCGUCUUCCAAUCAAACGUCCUCCUCGAAGCAGCAAGAAAAACACUGAAUUUGAAGCCGAGUAACAAAUAGAGAAUCUUGGUGCAACAUGGCCACUAUUUUCUUCCAAAAGGGACCGGCUUUUUUUUGUCUUCUUUUCAUUUGUGGUUGUGUGGUGUUGUUAUGUGCGCAUUUUAUUGUCCUAAAUGCCAACUUUUUAUCCCCCAGUUAAGAGCUUUUGCCUUCAAAACUUGUAAAAUACUUUCUGAUCUGAAGCCAGGUGUAGCAGUUGAGAAAAGAUUUCAAAAGCAUUCUAACAUCUGGAGCUGCUUCAUGCAAAAAACUCUAACUCAUCACCUGCAAAUACUUGAAUGGAUGCUCAGAUCUGGCAACUUCAGAUUUAUCUGGAAGUUUAUACACUUUAAAAAGGGCGUCUUAGGUUUGGAUGGUAACGUGAUGGUGUCUCACGUGUUUAAAGGGGAUGUUGUCCAAACCUGGCAACCGGUUUUCUCUUUUCACAAAAACUUUGUUGGAAUGGAAAUAUCGCCGCCAAAAAAGUAUUCAUCUUAUGUCAUUUAAAAGGUGGCAAAAAAGGGGGGAUGCUUCAAUCUGGCAACCAUUAGGAAGCUAUUCCACAGAGCUUCCCAAAAGCACAAACCUUUUCCUUCCACUCUAGAUUAUGUCUCUACUUUUUUUUGGCUUUUUUGGGUUUGUUUCGUGAACUUGGGUGCAAUAAAGGUUUUGGAAAAACGCAGCGCUUCCUAAAGGGAUUCAAACCUGCGGUGUAUCAAAGGGAAACCGUCCACCGCUGCCCAUGUUUGACCCCAUGAACAUUUGUCACUUGCUUUUCUACCACGUUGUGUCAAUCUUUUUUAGGAGUUUUUUGUGUUACAAAGGGAAAAGGGUUGUUUUUGAAUGUGCCUUUGCUUUUUUAUUUUCCUGCCGAUGUCGUAGCAACGUUCGGACUCUGGACACAGUCGCUGAAUGUUUACACCACUCAGUUCCUAAUCAAAGUAUUCCAUCAUCUCAUGAGGUCAAACCUUUUUUUGGGAUUUAAAAGAAAUAUUUCAUUAUGAAGCUUAGGUGUUUAAUUGCCAUCUUAAUUAUAACUUUUUUUUAAAAUAUUUUUUGUUAUAAUUUUUUCAAAAUUGUCAAAAUUUCUUGUUGUUUUUUUUAUUUUUAAUAAGUAUUUUUACUUUUUUUUAUUUGUUUUCUUUCUAUUAGGUUUUUUUUCUUAAAUACUUUUUUUUAAUCUUGAACGUUAUACAUGUAUAUGUUUUUGUUGUUGGUUAAAGUUUUCCUAAAUUAUCCAUUUUUUUGUUUGUUUUUCAGAAACAUUCUCUAAAACAUACAUUUAUCUCCCAUCUAAUUUUCUUUUUUCCUACGUCAGUCUGAGCUGGUAGAAAACUCAUCAGGUAAUGUUUUUUGUUUGGUUUAUUGAGUCCUGGUGGGGCAGGUUUGUGUCCAGAGUCUCUGCAGACGUUGCUGUUUGGCAGACAGAAGCACUGUACGCGCUCGUCUAUUAAAACCACUAAUAAAUAUGAGAAAUUCUGUGAUAAAAUGCCAAACAAUGAAGUGUAUUGAAUGGAAAACGGUCUGUUUCUCUGCUGUUUUUGGUAAAUGUCUGUUUCAUGAGACUGUUUCUCUCCUCUCUGCACAGUGUAAACAUGAAAAUGGUCCAAACCGGAGUAGGGAGCAGCAGAAAAGCCUCAUCCUGAUGGAGAAGCAGCUCUGUUUACUUUACAGGAAGGAGGUUUUCCCAGAAGUCUCCGUCUGCUCUGCGUCCUCCACAAAACGAUGACGGGGUCGCUCUAGAUGUCGGCGGUGGGUUUGAACCCUCGCAGGAGCUGGUUUGUCGAUCGGCUCGAACGUUUCAAACGAGAUUUUAAACAAAAGUUUCAUCUCUAUGAAUGUUUGGGGAACCUCAGCUGGUUCAAACUCCGAUCAUCCUUUGAUCUAUUUUCAUUUAUGAUAAUGUCGCUUUUAGACAAAAUGAAAAUCUUGUAUCGUUUUCUUGGACAUAGUUUCUGAAGAGCGGCAGCAGUUCAUCAGACCUUUCAGUUGUGGGCAGGACCGUUGGCACUGAGAGUUCUCUGUUUACACUUUCUGCUGGGAACUUACUGCCCCUCAUACCCCCAACCUAACAUUAGUAGUAUGAAAAAUGACGAGUAAUAUUUUCAUGAAACUGGAAGUCAUCAGUUAUGUCUUUAGAAUCUGACACAGAGUAAAUUGUUGAGGUCCCAGAAUCAAGCCCUGAGGGACUCCACACCACAAAGUCAAUCCAUCUGUAUUAUAAUCCUCAAUAGAAACGACACAACUCACUGUUCCAGGGCUAAAAUUUGGGGUAAAAAAAUGCACAUCAAAUCAUCGUUCCGAUGAACUUUCACACAAAUUGAAGAUGAUAAAUGUCUAGAGUUAAAUGUUAAUCCAUAAAUUACAUCUCUGCAGCUUAUAAAACGACAUGUUAACCAACCACGCAUUAGAAAGUCUACAACCUCACACUCUCCUAAGUCUUUGGUGUUGGGUGAGAUGAAUAUGAGGUGAUAUCAGGUCUGGUUGCCCUUUAGGCUUUUCCUCCCACUUCCUGUGAGUUCCACUUCACUCAUUUUCUAGUCUAAAAUGAUCAUUUAGCUCUUGAUGAGGCCUGUCUUUGUUACAGGAUCAUCCACCCAUCCUCUAACGGUUCACCAUCUCUGAGAUGAGACGAAAACUUUUCCAAUGAUCCACAGGAAGCAGCAGUUGACGAGAUGUUUUUAACAGGUUCUUGAUGCAUUUUUUCUGAAAAUAGAGGACAUUUAUAAAGAUUUAAAUUGCAUUUCUGAGUAUUUCUUUAUUCAAAUGGUUGUGAAUCAGGAGCAGACUGCUCCAUUCUGAUGCAUCCUCUUGCAGACAAAUGGAUCUAUUUGGAGUCUUUGUUUUCCUCGUCUGAGCUGCUAUUUUGGUUCCCAACCGGACGGCUGGACGGCUCCAAAAUUGGUCGCCGUUUUUGUUACUCCGCUAAUGCUAGGUUGGGAGUGCGAGGGCCUCUAAGCUAGCAGAAGAGUGUGUAUACAGAUGGAUGAUGGGAAGUAAGGCCAGGCUUACUCUGCACCAACAGCUCUGUCAACAACGCAGAGGCGAUUUUAUGAAAAACUCCUGCCGCUCGGCAGAAACUAUGUCUUAGAAAACUAAAAACUGGCUAAAAGCGGCAUAAUCAUAAUUAAAAGGCCGCUUUUACAAUAUAUCCAACGUUGAUUGGAGGAAGUUUUUUUAAGCACAAAGAAGGAGAUGAAGGACGAAGACAAACGUUGUCCUAAAUGUUUAUUUCUGAGUCUUUGUAGGCGCCUGUCGAAGCUCCGACUAACAUUUGAAAGCGGAUUCCGACAGAUACCCUGGCGGGUGUCAGACUCUGCGCUCCUGGAUGUUACCACCGGUUUUCCAGAAGCCUUCUUCAAACAGAGUCUUGAAAAUGUCAGACAGAAGCGAUGCUGCCGGGUAAAUUCCAGGACAGACAGAAGCAGGAUGGUAAUGAACAAGAUGGGUGGAGGUGGAGCCGGUGUUCGGACUUGCACGAGGUUCAUCACAACAAACAGGAGUGGAUGACACACCAAAGAACAAUCCUCUCCAUUCAGCUCCUACCAUGGGCCAACGAAAGGACGGAGCUUUUCGACACUUGCUGUCUUCGCGUAUUUACAUUCUUCAUCUCUGCAACUCCUCCUCGGAGAAAUCGGGGACAAAAGACUUUCACUGGUCUGUGACGGAUCACAGGUUGUUUACCCGGAGUUGUGUUCAGGUCACCUAAUCUGGGAGCAUCUUAUCAGACCUGCAUGUUUGUCUGAACUCGACAUCAGGAAACCAAAAUAUUGACUGGGUGGGUCUCCUCAGGACCAAAGUCGGAGGUGAGGAGGAGGAGUUGUGCAACUGAAGGAGAAAAGCGGUGAUCUUGUGUUUUGGUGUCAACGUGAGACCCUUUGACACAAGUUUGAACCCCAGGAGAGGAUGAAAGCUGAUUCAGAGAUGGAACCAAAGCUAAGAUUCUGUUGAUGGAAACUUUCCUGGUGAAAAUCGGAUGUUUUUUUUCACUAAAAACGACAAGAUUCUUGGC